AACCAUGAAAAUCCGGCACAGUUUUCCUCCCCCGUUUAACCUGUACACAAUGCAUUCUUGCACAUCCGCUAGCUCAGUGUUUCCCCCUUAUUUAUAAAAAUGCUCCUCACCCGCAGACUGCCCGGUCUACUUUACACCUAUAGAUACACAUUUUACGCGUCUCUCUUGCUUCUGUGCACCUUUGUUUAUUUUCUUUUCAAGUGGAAUUUACUGUGUACAAACCUUCAGGCCUGGCAACAUGUUAAGAAAAUGUGUGAAUUAUAUGAGGAAGGCCUCGCCGUCGGGUCGCUAUGCGCUCCGCUCUGCGUCACCCGCGACAUCCACUCCCUGACAUGCCACUCAUUCCAAGCAACAAAAGAAGCAGUUUUCAGCGCAGAAUGGCACAACAUUCGUCUAGUCUUCAAAUCGGUACCAAGGGACUACCAAUCGAUUCACUGGUUCGACAAUGGGGUAAUCAAAUAUCCGACAGAAAAAGAGUUCCUAUCUACCAUUCGUACCAUCGUCAAGAACAAACUGAAUUUAACACUUGCGUAUGAUACUGCCGUGAGGUUGUCAAGGUUGAAGCCGUCCUACGAAGAAAAGGACGAACUGAAAAGGCAAAAAGAAAUGGACAACUUGUGGUUCCUGCUGCAAGACAAUGAAUACCUUCUCUCGGCGCUGUUCACUGACAAGGACGUGUUUCCACAACUUCUCGGUACUUGUGGACCUUACUAUGCGGUUGAAUACAUGGAGAAGGUACCAGACAUAUCAUCAUUGUUGACUUUAAGCGACAACCGAGAAGACUGGGGAAGGAGACUAAAGAUCUCGGUCCAGAUUCUCGAUCUGUUGGAUGAACUCGAAACUGGUUUCAGGGAGCCGUUCCAUUUAUGUGAUAUUAAACUAGAGCACUUCGGCUUAGUCAAAGGCGGCAACAAAUUGAAGUUUAUAGAUUUGGAUGGUGUUCUGCCUAAAUCCGUUGUUAAUAAUGUUAUAAAGGAAAUCGAGACGUGCGAGAAAGACGAUGACUGUGAUUAUUACGACUGUAGGUCGAGAUGCAACAAGGAUACUAAAAAAUGUUCUAACUACGUGGCGAACAAUAACUUGCAGAUCGUUUGCGAAAAAAUAUUUCUGGGCUGGAGGAUGUCGAAGACCGUCAUUGUGCCCGGUUUACUGAUGUCGCAACACACUCCAUCCGAAUUGGCGUUCAUUUUAAGGAGAUGCGCGAAUCCGGGGAGCGAACAGGGCAAAGCCAGGACCACGCCGGAGGACGAGGUGAAGAAAAGGCUUUACAAUGUUCUCUCCGAAAUUGAACAAACAGUCAAUAACGAUUUCUUUCUUUAGUGAUUAGAUGGUACAACAUAAAUUUACGCUUACGGUGUUUUUGUUAAUGAUUUUGUUAUAAAAAUAUUAAUAAAAUAUUUG